CCUGCCCGUGACACGGAACGGCCGGAGCUUGGCGGGCGGCUCCGGGCGGAGGUGUUUGCGCAGCGCCGGCCGGAGCGGAGGCAGCCGCAGCAGCAGCCGCAGCCGCUACGAGCGGAGGGACAGCCCGCAGCCAUGAAAUUCCAGUACAAGGAAGACCACCCAUUCGAGUACAGGAAAAAAGAAGGGGAGAAGAUCCGGAAGAAAUACCCAGACAGAGUCCCCGUUAUCGUGGAAAAAGCACCCAAAGCCAGAGUACCUGACUUAGACAAAAGAAAGUAUCUCGUGCCUUCCGACCUCACAGUUGGUCAAUUCUACUUCUUAAUCCGAAAGCGGAUCCACCUGAGGCCGGAAGAUGCUUUGUUCUUCUUUGUCAAUAACACCAUCCCUCCCACCAGUGCUACCAUGGGCCAGCUGUAUGAGGAUAACCACGAGGAGGACUAUUUUCUCUAUGUGGCCUACAGCGAUGAGAGCGUCUAUGGCAAGAAGCUCUGAAUAUUCUGAAGUAGAGAACAGACCCAGGAGACUUUCUAGGAUAAAAGAGAAGACACAUGCAGAUGGUAUGCAUGUCUGCUGCUCUCAUACUUGUUCAUACCAAGCACGUGGUUAAGCACACUCAGGGGAGAAAGAGUUGGCAUCUGGGGUGCUUGGUUUUGUGUUCAGUCCUCCCUUCCCGCUGCUGGGUUUAUAAAUGACACGUGGGACUAAUCACAACUGUUUGUUAUGUGUAGAGUUUAUGAUUUAAUUUAGUUCUUUAACAGUUUUUUCAGCUGAAUUGUGGCAUUUCUUUUUUUGUGCUAGUAUUGUACAAGGUAAUGAUGGUAAUUUUUUUGGUGUUGGUUAGCUGCAGGUUAUUGUAAAAUAAAGUUCAGACUAGAACUUAAUCAACUUAUCAAUAAAGAUGCAUUUGAAAAUCA